GCGGUGUUUUGGCAGGACUGAUUGCAUAUGAUGUUGUAGACUGGUACGGGAUCGGGAGUUCCGUCGAUAAACACGGUUUUUACGGAGUUUAAUCAAAAGAAGUCGCAACAUAUUACGUCUGAAGUGGAGCGCGCGACUUGGUAGUGUCGUCACAACCGAGAAGGGCCGUCGCGAUUGCCUGAACACAGGGGAAACGACGGUAGUAUGGAUUGACAAAUCGUCCGUUCGAGCCACAAAAAAAAGUAAAAAAUGUCAAGCUGAAGUUUGUCAUGUCUUUGAAUUUCGACUAAAACUUUACAAGAAUCGCAUUCGAGUAUGGUUUCAGUUGUAGCGACUCAGCUGGACUUCGGCCAGUCGCUGCGGUAUGAUUUCUGGCAUCGCGAUACGCCCGAGCGGGUGCAGCUUACGUGCUUGCUGCCCAACGGAAUCGUUGUUGACUUGCCGAGUGUCCCCAACGCGACCAUAAAAGAAAUAAAAGAGGAACUAUGGAAUGUGGCGGGCCAGCUGCCGUUCAGCAGACUACUGGGCGAAAAAGAAAGGUAUACGAUAACUGUAAUCUCGCAGUUUGCACAAUUCGACGAAGACAUCGACGAAUCCAAACGCCUUUGUGAUGUUCAGCCUUAUUUUUGUAUGAUACAAGUGGCGGAGAAGCGCGAGCUGACUGAAGCGCUCUCCGACUACAAAAUCUGUAAAGAUAUCGGCAACUUGAUUGGCAAGUCCCUGGAAGACUACCAGACCCUGAAGAAUGAGGAAGUAGAGGACUUUCGCCACAAAAUGGCGAGACUGGGCGAGGAGACCUCUUACAUGCGGAGCAAAAUGAAUUUGCUGGAUAAGCUACUGUAUCACUAUCCCUUGCGACUAGCCAAGUCACCCCAGAUGCCGGACAUUAUUAGGGUGCGGCUUCAGAACGAUGGCUUCUUUGUCGCUGUGAAGCUAGAAAACGAGACUUCGUUCGGGAUGAUGGUGAAGUUCGAGUACACGCCAGAGGAACUCAAGGAAAUCACGUUCCAGAAGAUGAACCGCACGAAUAUGGCGGCCGACAAGCUGCGGACAAAGGACUACAUACUGAAAGUAUCUGGGCGGGAUGAAUACCUUUUCGGCAACUACCCUCUCUGUCAAUUCACCUUUAUCCAGGAAACUGUCUCACGAGAUCUCGUCCCGGUACUAGUAAUGAAACUCAUUCAGACCCUGGAUAUCCCGAAUUCGGCGGUCAAAGAAAAAUACAAGUUUCCCCCGCCAAGCUCAGCGAUCACCACAAACUACAUAUCAUCGUGGGAUAUUCCGGACAAAUUUCAGAUUCGCCUGAGCUCAAUUGAGAAACUGAACUGUGAUGUGACCCGAACGGAUGGCAUCGUAGUCCACUUGGGCUUAUAUCAUGGCGAUCAAUCGCUUUGCGCUCCAAUAAAAACUAAAGAAAUAUCAAUCAAUUCUUCAAAGUCGGUGGAAUUCAAUGAGGAUUUAGUGUUUGACAUUAAAGUUGAGAGUAUACCGCGGAUGGCCCGGCUUUGCUUGGUUGUCUACGAAAUCACAAAGUCAACGAAGACAAGUGGGACGAAAGCGCGCCGAGUUAAAGACAGCAAAGAAUUGUAUAUGAAUCCACUAGUAUGGGUCAAUACAACAAUAUUCGACUACAAAAACCGACUGAAGAGUGGAAACAUUACACUGUAUACAUGGACUUACGCCGAAGACAUCCAAUCGGACGAAUUGUUGCAUUUCUUGGGUACCAUCGAAUCGAAUCCAAGAACGGACGAAUGUGCCGUAAUGAAUUUAACAUUCCACAAUUAUGGAGUAGACAAGACCAUAAUGUACCCAUCAAAGGAAACGGUUCUACAUUAUGCGGAGAAUCAUGUCAGCAAGAAGUGUCUGAAUCGCGACAGUGCUCAGGACACGAGAACUAUAACAGAGAUAUUGGCGCCGUUUCUAAGUAAUGACCGGAUGCAUGAGGUGCACGACCAAGAGAGAAAUGCAGUGUGGGCGAAAAGGUUGGAUUGCUUAUGCAUUGAACCGGAAGGCCUGCCAUUUCUCCUGCAUUGUAUGGAAUGGAAAAACCGAGACGAAGUAGCGGAAAUGUGUAACUUGCUUACCCGUUGGCCGAAAUUAUCCAUUGAGAGAUCGCUGGAAUUGCUAGACUAUGCUUACGCCGACCCGUCAGUGAGAGCAUUUGCAGUAAAUAAUCUUCGAGAUUUACGUGACGAAGAGCUACUGCUCUAUUUACUGCAAUUAGUUCAAGCAAUUAAACACGAAUCUUAUUUAGACUGUGAAUUAGUGGAAUUUUUAAUCACACGUGCAUUACGCAAUCGACGUAUCGGUCAUUAUUUUUUCUGGCAUCUUCGUUCAGAAAUGCAAGUGCCUGCCGUUCAAAUCCGUUUCGGUCUGAUAUUAGAAGCGUACCUUCGAGGGAGUCCUGAGCAUGUACCGAUACUCUUGAAGCAGGUGGAAUGUCUGGAGAAGCUGAAGCAAGGCUCGGAAAUUGCCAAAAAGGCGAGCGGUAGUCGUGAUAAAAUUCGAUCGUUAGUGAAUGACUUUUUAGUGAAGGAGAAGAAUACAAGAGUGUUCGAGAAUGUGCUGAGUCCGCUGAAUCCGAGCUAUCGCUGCAAAACGCUUAAAACGGACAAGUGUAAGGUGAUGGAUUCAAAAAUGCGGCCGUUAUAUAUCACCUUUGAGAACACUGAUAAGAACGGGGAAGACAUUUUCAUAAUUUUCAAAAAUGGUGAUGAUUUGCGACAAGACAUGUUAACCCUUCAAAUGCUGAGAGUCAUGGAUGAAAUAUGGAAAUCUGAAGGAUAUGAUUUUCGGAUGAAUAUUUAUGGCUGUAUCAGCAUGGAAAGAAGAUUGGGCAUGAUUGAAGUUGUAUUAAAUGCGGAAACGAUCGCCAACAUACAAAAGGAAAAGGGAAUGUUCUCAGCAACGUCGCCGUUCAAAAAAGGGUCAUUAUAUAGUUGGCUUAAAGACAAAAAUUCAUCAGAAAAGGAUUUAGAAAAGGCAAUAAACGAAUUCACAUUGAGUUGUGCAGGAUAUUGUGUGGCAACUUAUGUUCUCGGCAUUGCCGAUCGUCAUUCAGAUAACAUUAUGGUAAAGACAAACGGACAGCUUUUCCACAUAGACUUUGGCCAUAUUCUUGGCCACUUUAAGGAAAAAUUCGGUUUACGAAGGGAACGAGUACCCUUCGUCCUUACACAUGAUUUUGUGUAUGUUAUCAACAAAGGGCGCACCGACAGAGAAGCUGCGGAGUUUCAAAAAUUUCAAAAUUUAUGUGAAACGGCAUUUUUAAUAUUACGAAAGCACGGUUGCCUUAUAUUAUCACUAUUUGCCAUGAUGGUGUCAACUGGACUGCCCGAACUAUCAUCUGAGAAAGAUUUAAACUAUCUGAAGGAAACACUGGUACUCGAUUUGCCGGAGGAUAAGGCUAGAGAGCACUUUCGCUCGAAAUUCAGCGAGGCAUUGGCGAAUUCCUGGAAAACAUCGUUGAACUGGGCGUCACAUAAUUUCUCUAAAAACACUAAACAAUAACAUUAAGCGAAAUACUAUAGUUAUUAAUUACUAUUAUUAUAAUAUUAUCAAUUAUGCUAAGAAAAAUGUGGAAAUUUGAUCGAAAACUAGAAUUAUGGCUUCGGAUUUGGAGGGCUGUCUUCCGGUCUCACGAAAUUGUUUUUGUUCUGCGCAUUGAGUUGAGGCCCUCUGAAUUAUAUGAUAAGGAGGUUUAGAGUUUAGGAGUGAAUAUUGAGGGCUUGCAGGCCUGGGAAAUUAUUUAUCUUGCUUGGUAUAAACUAAUUGUUACAAGCUGAGUAUUUAUUAAUAUAGAAACUAAGGUUGAUUUUUCUUUACAUA